UCACAGGUAAUCAUGCGGAACGAAGAAACAACUUUGUGGGAACUUCUUUUUUGAAAUAGAUGAACAUUGUUGCGUAAGAUAAAGGUUUCAACUUUCUUAAAGAAAGAUUUUAAUUUUUGCAAUAAUCACUAAAAAGUUACAAAAGACCUCGUGCUAAAAAGACCUAUCGGCAUUUUAUUCUUCAUGUGACGUCUUUGAAAGGAAAGUUGAUAUAAAACCAUCAUUAUCGAAGAGCAAGUUAAUUUUAUGUAAAGAAGUUUUACAGACGAAAAAAAGAACAAUUUAUAGUGAAGAUGAUUGUUGGUGAAUUAAAGGGGUUAUUAUCCUUUAAAAUUAAAUCUAGGCAUGAUGGAUAUUCAGAUCAAUUUAAUCGGAUUUUUAUUGUUAAAAUUUUGUUGGUAUGUUCACUGGUGAUGGGAAUAAGCUGGUACAAGGAUUCCAUACGUUGUGUAACGCCUGGUAGUGUGGAUGGGGACUUCGUAUCAGAUGCUUGUUGGAUACAGGGAGUGUAUGUGUUUAGAGAAUUGAUGGACAGAAUUGACGAAGUUGCUUUCUAUGGUAUGCCAAAAGACAUUAAUGAUGAUGGUAUGCUGGUAGAGUAUGGUCGGCUUUGCAAAACGAAGGACCCGUUAUACCAAGCGAGGGGACUUCACUGCAGACCUCUCACAAAAACGUUUUUUCUGCAGUAUCAAUGGUUUCCAUUUUUCAUUGCUUCACUGGCCAUACUGUAUUACCUUCCUUAUGUGUUACACUUGUACGGUAAUCCGGAUCUAAUUAGUCUGAAGAAAAAACUAAAAUCGGGAGAAGCAGACACAGAGGUGUUUUUACGUACAUACUUUAAUCACAAAGUAAAUCCUGUUCGACAACUUCGUACCCGGAUCCUUUUUACAUAUGUAGUCAAGUUGUUAUAUAUUGCUGCUAAUGUUGUAUCCUUCGUUGCCACUGAUAGUGCGUUGCUUGGAAAAUUUAAAGGAUAUGGACCUAAAUGGGUACGUUGGAGUAAAUUGGAUAACCAUCUUGCGCAUGAUUACAUGGGAAUGCGCGAUUUUCCGAAGCCUGGGAACGAACUACUACCUCCCUUCGGAUACUGUCAAGUAUAUGUAGCAACCAAGGACAAAGUUACUUCCAUGGGAAAUAAACAUACAUUUGUUUGCGAGAUGUCGCAAAACAUUCUCUACCAAUAUUGCUUGAUAUUGCUCUGGUUCGUCUUUGUGUUUGGUAUGAUCAUAUCCAUUGUUGGGUUUCUUGUUCAAUUGUUGGAUCAUUUGAUCACUAUCAUGUGCGUGCUCAGACAUGGAACAGUAGCAAAGAAGAUGUAUGAAAUUUUAACGCUGCGAGAAUGUGAAUAUCUUGAGUUUAUACGACGCAGAGAUUUGCAGUUAUACUCGCAGUUGAUUCAAAAGUUACGCCAAGAAAAAUAUCACAUGGAAUUAGCUAAUGGAAACAGAGGGCUGCCUGACUCUCCUCCACCUGGUUUUGAUGAACUCACGCGACUAUAACGCAGUGGUAUAACCACCUAAAAAAAGAUCCUCAGCAAGUGUGAACACGAACGAUAUAUACGUUGUAUAUAGUGCGUAAACAGUGUAGUUUUUUGUAUUUAAUUGGUGACAUAUUUACAACUUAAAA